AUGGACAAUUUUAUCAAUAGUCUGGCUGGCAAGCACGUGGUGCUUUCUGGCUGUGGUGGGGGUUCAGACGUCUUGGGCAGCAGCGUGAUCUAUGCGCAGAUCAAAGAGACGGCCCGGAAGGUGGUUUUCUUCAACUUCAGCUUUUCGAAGACAGAGCUCUUGGACGCGACGUGCGUGCCGAUCUCGCCCAACUGCUGGCGUGUGGACCCCUGCAAUGUGGCGCUGGAAGAGGACGUCGAGGACCGGUAUGGGGAGUUGGGGUCCGGGCCUUGCCUCGUGCCGGCCACAUCAGGCCUAGCAGCCCUCUACCCUUGGGUGACCGCUGGUUGCGCUGCGCGCCAUGCGCAGCGGAAAGCGCAGGAGAAGGUUUAUUUCCCGGAGGCCCGCAUGGCGAAUGUCACUGGAAUGGCCAUUUAUGCCUUCUCGCAUGAGGUGGCUCUUAAACAGGAGUUUGUCAGCUACAGCUGUUGGAAGAAGCGAGGAGCCGAUGUGCUUGUGCUUUGUGAUGGUGGCUGCGACGUGCUCCUCACCGGCCUAGAGAGUGGACUGGCGACGCCCAGUGAGGAGAGCGCUCGCGCUCGCCGGAUUGGGAGACUCGGAGGGUGGCCAGAGACUUGGAGGGACAUGACUCAUCUCAAAGCGAUUUUGCCCUUGAACAUCCCACAGAAGUACAUCGCGGUGCUGGGGGCCAAUGUGGACUGUGCUCAUGGCGUCGUACCAGAGGAAUUGGAUCAUCGCUUGAGUGACCUGGAAGACUCGGGCACCAUGCUUUGUUCGGCACCGAUCGCGGUGGACGAUCUCGCUGGACGUUACUUCGAAGACUUGGUCCUACGCUGUGCACCCACCAGCUCCAUUGUUCAGAGCUUAGUCUUGGCGGCGAUGCAGGGCUAUCGCGGCCUCUACACGCCGGUGCAUCUGCGGCGGCGGAUCAUGUGCAGCACUGUGAGCUUGUCAGAUCAGACCAGGUCCUUGUACGUCUUUCACCUGGACAGAGUGGCUCGAGACAUACUUUAUCUGGAGUCUUGA